GGCUAACUUCAUGCAUAUCGCGGUUGAACGGCUGUCAUGUUUGUCAUAAGCAUUUCAUCUGGCGCAAAAACUUAUUCACCAAAGCACAUCUUAUUCAUUGAAUUUUCCGUAUUAACAAAAUGUUUAAUUUAUUCCGAACACCGCAAUUAGUUCGAAUGGUUGAAAAUGGCAUGAAAAGUGUCAAUAAACCAUUCGUUGCAGCGUAUUGUACAGGAGAUUUACCAAAGCGCAUGGAAAAAACCAUCAACAGUGUUACUUUGCUGGGUCGUGUUGGAAGCAGUCCACAAUUGAGAGGCAAUGAAAAAUCACAAGUGGUCACAUUCUCCAUAGCAACACACACAAACUACAAAAUUGAGAGCGGUGAUUGGGCACAACGAACUGAUUGGCAUCAGGUUGCCGUAUUCAAGCCGGAUCUUCAAGAAAAUGUUACAAAUUACUUGACAAAAGGGAAACGCGUAUUGUUGUAUGGAAGAAUAACGUACGGUGAAUUCCGAGACAAAGACGGAAAUCUACGAACGUCUACAAGUAUCGUAGCCGAUGACAUUACCUUCUUCCAAUAAGUUUUUUUUUUUAAUUCAAAUUAAAAACACAUUUCUUAUUGUUUCUGAAAAUAAAUGCCAUACAAUUUAUUUGAUGAUCAGUAAACAAAUACAAUGAAUUGAAGUAAUUAGUAAGCCCAACUGAAAAUUAAAUAAGAGUAAUGAAUUAGUUUUAGUUUUUGCUAUUAAAAAUUAAAAUAAAAAUAUCAAAUAUUGCUUACA